CUGGGACCAACCUGCCGUACUCUGUGAUAACUCACUGCCACUCCCUCAGGCGCUCUUCAUUACAGAAUCAUAUCCUCGUGAUUAUCACACAUGGAAGAUGCAUCCUAUCGGAAGAUAAACUCAGUUUUGGGGUUUAUACUAAAUGAACGACAGUGGUGUGGCGAGCUGGGAUCUGUACGGAAGUAAUGUUUUACUGACACAGUUUUGUUUAAGUGUACAAUCGAAUUUGGAAAUCUUGUUUUGUGUGAUAACAGUGUGCAGAAGAACGGGGUGUAAAUAAGUGCUAAUUUUGGAAUCUAGAAACCUGGCACAUUUCGAAGACGAUUAUUCAUAAUUUGUUUUAUUCUUUCUGUUGUCAGCAAAGAUAAUGAAACAUCCUCCAUUGCUCAGAGUCAUUACAACUACAGGAAGUACAUGAAACUUAUCAGGAGAGGUUGCUGUAACUUGGUGGAGAGGAGAUAAUUGACCCUGGUGAGCUAAACCACAAACAAGCUGGGCCGGCCUCCUAGUUGAGGUCUGCUUGAGUAUUUUGCGGUUCUGCAGGAGGCAGAAAGCUUUGGGUUGUAGUGAGGAGCCAGUCAACUCGCUCAAGACCGACGAACAGGAUGGUUAAGCUACUGAAUAUCCUACUGCAGCGGUCAGAUGAAUCCAUCUCAUGGGGCUUCCGACUCCAGGGCGGCGCCGACUACAAGAAACCACUCACCAUACAGCGGGUAACGCCGGGGACGCUAGCGGCGCAGCACCUCACUGUCGGGGACACGCUGGUCAUGAUCGAGGGCCACGACGCUCGAUCUCUCUGUCACUUUGAUGCCUACGAUCUGGUCAAGGCAGCCGGCAACCGCGUGGAGCUUACCAUCAGGAAGGUCGACGACUCACAGCACCUGGUGGCGGAGAACUUAUCCCAUCAGGAGAAACUCGAGCAACAGGUGGUUGAGGAACGACAGUUGGAGCUAGAACGGAGGCGUCAGAAGGAACUCCAGCGUAAGGCCCUGUCUGCAACUUCUCCUUCGGUCUCUCAGUCCCCGCAACAGCAAACUCAGUCCCCACAAGGAGUCUCCUCCUUACCGCAGCGUUUUCCCUCCCCUCUCAGACAAAUGCAAUCGUCGCCAAACAGAUUCUCCUCCCCACUCAACUUGCCACAGUCCCCCCCUGUUAAACAUUAUUCGUCUCCGCCACACUUUAGUCAGGAUGUGAUGCAUCAGAUGUCUUCCCCGUCCACCCAGUACGCCACUCCCCCACAGUUCUCAUCGCCGACAGAGACGUUCUCGUCUCCUCUUCCAAGUUUUUCGACGUCGUCGUACUCUACACCACAACAGGUGUUUUCUCCACCGCACAUGUUUUCACCCACACAGCUCCAACAGUUGUCUCAACAGGAGCCUCAACAGGAGCUUCAACAGCAACCGCAACAGCCCCUGCAGCCUUCUCUGAAUUCCCAACAGCUGUCGGCGAAGCUUCAGCUGUUACAAUCUCAGCACAGUCCUCAGAUGCAGUCCAUGAGUCAGUCGUCCUUCCAGACCUUCCAACAGACGUAUCACGAGACACAAACAUCACAACAAACCGUCCAGUGCUCUCAAUCCACGUCUCAAGUACCCACGGCACCAAAGUCAUAUUUACCAAAGAAAGUAAAAGAACCACCCAUGGAGAUCCAGGACCCUCAGUUGUUGACAGAGGAGCAAAAACGAAAACAACUACAACAGUUGAUCCUGGAGAAGCUACGACUGGAGGAACUGAUGAUGAUCGCCAAGAGGAGAGAGUCAACCCCUAACCCACAGUCGCCGACGAGUCGUAAGGAAUUACCAGCAGUUGUUCAAGGAGGUGCGUCGUCAUUGACCAAAGCGGAGCAGUCGGCAGCAAUUGUUAAGGAGCAAUAUUCACCGCCAGGGUUCAUUCAAGGAAGUGCGUCGGCAGUAAUUAAGGCAGAGCAGUCAGCAACAGUUGUUAAGCAGCAUUUUUCAUCGUCGGGGUUAUUUCAAGGAGGUGCCACAGCAUUAAGCAAAGCAGAGCAGUCCUCAACAGUUGUCAGGGAGAAAAAUUCAUCAGUUAUGAGCGGGCAGUCUUCGUCAUAUGCUAAAGAAGAGUCGUCUUCCAUAAUCCAGCAGCAGUCUUCACCAGUAACCCAAGCACAAACAGUCCUGACUAAAGAGCGUUCGCCGUCCAUCAAGAGGGAAACGUCCCCAAUGAUAAAGAAAGAAGCAUCGCCUACUCCUAAGAAGGAGAAGGGAUCUUCAACUUUAAAGAGGGACGACAUGCCAAUAAAGCGGAAAGAAGAUGAAGAGAAACUCCGAGAACAGAACAGAAUCCGAGACGAUCAGAUCAGAAGGAUGCAAGAGAGAAAGUUGGAGGAGAAGAGAAAAAAAGGAGCUAUCAAGAAAUACGAAAGCCAGUCCACUGACGACGUCCGGAACAAGAGCGCAAAGGAGGAACGGCAUCUCAGAUCAGAAGAACGGAGACUUAAGGAACAGAUCACCACGGCCGAGAAGAGACGCUCGGAUGGCGCCAAAUACCAGAGGGAAGGCGCGAAGAGUGAGGCGACGAUGGACACGAGUGGGGAGGACGGAGCGAGAUGUAUGGAGGACUCGAAGAAGCUCCUGGCUGAACAGAAGAAAAAGGACAAAGAAUUGAUUGCGGCAGAGAGGAAGAAGCAAGAGGCGAGGAAGAAAAUAGAAGACCAAAAGAAACGAGAUGAGGAGAGGAUGAUGAUGUUUAGCCAAGAACAGAGGAAACAAUACGAACAGAUUGCCAUGCAGGAGAAGAAGAGAGUAGAGGAGAAACGCAAGCAAGAAGAGAAGAAGAAGCUACAGGAACAAUUUAAGAAGGACCAGCAGAGAAUACAAGAGGAGAUGAAACGAAAAGAGGAGACGAAGAAAAAGGAAGAAACCAAGAAGAGGGAACAGGAAGAGAGGAGGCAAAGGGAAGAACAAAAACGAAUAGAAGACGAGAGACAAAAAUUAGCAGAGGAGAAAAGAAAGGAGGAACAAAUGAAGGAAGAACAACAAAAAGCAGAAGAAUUGAAACGGCAGUUGGAGGAAGCGAGACGAAGAGAAGGGGAGAGACGAAUGGAAGAACAGAGGUGGAUGGAGGAACAAAAUCGAUUGGAGGAAGAGAAAAGGAAAGAAGAGGAGAGGAGGAAAGAGGAAGAGAGGAGGAGGGAGAAAGAGAAGAGGAUUGCAGAAGAGAGGAGGAUAGCAGAAGAGAAGAGGAUAGCGGAAGAGAGGAGGAUAGCGGAAGAGACGAGGAUAGCAGAAGAGAGGAGGAUAGUGGAAGAGAGGAGGAUAGCAGAAGAGAAGAGGAUAGCAGAAGAGAAGAGGAUAGCAGAAGAGAAGAGGAUAGUAGAAGAGAGAAGGGUAGCAGAAGAAAAGAAACGAGAAGAAAAACGGAAGGAAGAAGAGAAAAAAGAGGAAGAGAAGAAGAAAAAGGAAGAAGAGAAGAGGCGAAAGGAAGAAGAAAGGAAGAGAAAAGAGGACGAGAAGAGAAGAGAGGAGGUGGAAAGGAGGAUGGAAGAAAAGAAACGAAAAGAAGAGAUGAAAGUGGAAGAAGAAAAACGAAAGGAGGAAAGACAUUUAGCGGAGCAGAGGAAAGCAGAGGAGGAGAAGAAGUUAUACGAACAACUAAGACAGGCGGAAGAGCAGAAGAAGCUACUAGCAGAACAGCGUAGUGAAGGAAUGCGAAAAUCCGAAGAACGAGAGUAUGUGGAGGAAGAGAAGAGACGAGAAGAUCAGCGGAUGAAGGACCUGAAGAAGAGUGAAGAAGAGGCGGAGGAGCAGUUGCGUCUAGAGGAGAUGAAGAGGCAGGAGGAGGAGAGGAUGAGGGAAGAAGCAGAAGCUUACGAGAACUAUCGCCGACACCUGGAGGAGAAGAAACGCGCCCACCUCUACGACUCUGACGACUAUGCCUCCGAGUGGGACAGUGUGCCCGAGGACGAAGACGAUUCGCCUCAACACGAGGAAAAGUUCGCAGAACUCCACGCUCAAAGUGAGGAGGAGUUGUAUGAAGCACAGGAAAAGUCGAUUCGAAAUCUAGAGCGACAAAUCCGCAAACAAAAUGAACGAGAGAAACGUCGACGAUCAUCAGAAAGAACCCCAACGAAUGAAGAGCUGAUGCAGCAGGCAGCUUUACUACGGCAGCAGCAACAGCAGGCGGUCAAGCAGAAGCUGCAACAGUCGCAAUCACGGAGGGCUCACUCCGCCAGCACCGGGGACCUGAGGAGCUCCAAGACUCUGCCGGUCACUAAGUUCAGCCCUGACCCCAUGGAGUUUGGUUUCCGUCCCAUCGAAAAACCUCACGGUAAGCUGUCCAAGUCGACGGGUAAUCUGAGUGGUGGUGCAUCGGCGGCUGCGGCAGCAGCUGUGGCGGGAGCAGAGGCGGGGGCAGGGGCGGGAGUGGAGGCUCUGACGGAGAUCUCCAUCGAAAAAGGUGCCAGUUGGACAGUACCUCACUCCCUCUCCAGCAGCUUGGGAGACCUUCAGCAGGUAUCGUCCAAGCCGCCACUGCCAGCUACCAAGGCCAAGACCAGACUCCGCCACGCCACCAGUGAAGAGACACUCACUCGCUCCAACAACCCUCGGAAGGCAAAGUAUUCUUCUUCUUCUUCUUCUUCUUCUUCUUCUUCUUCUUCUUCUUCUUCUUCUUCUUCUUCUUCUGCCAGUGCCCCUGACGGUGUCCUCCUCAACAGGCCCUCGGAGGAUCCUCGGAGGUACACCUACGCCGCAGGUGAGGGUGAGUUCUACCUGGACGACUCUGCAGACGUUGAGGCCAUUGACUACAACCGCCUCUUGAGCGAGUACUAUGCAGCCUACUACGAGGCCUACUACCAGAGCUAUUACAGAGAAGGUGACAAAGGCAGUGAACUCUUGCUUACUGGGGGUGUGGCAGAAUACCGGAUGCCCUGGUAUGAAACUGCAUAUCCUGUAGAAAUUAGGAAGAAUAUAUUUGCUAACAGUGACAAUGUAAUGCACUUGACUCUUGAAGAAACGUGCAGUAAAUAUGUCAUUCUUGUCUUUUAG